CAUAAACAAACCCACGUGGUGGUUGACUUUGUUUUGGGUCCACGUGGUCACUAAAAGUUGUUCUCUGUAGGCAAUUUGUUUACAUGUGUACAGUACAGCUGCAGAUGGAAGAAACUCACAAUGAUUGGAUGAAGGUCGCGUCCCACUCCAGGCCUGGAGUCUUCUACUACUUCAACAAGGCCACUAAGGAGAGCAAGUGGAAGUUGCCACAAACCUCCAAAGCGAAAGUGUCGAAGAGAGAUGAGAAUGUAAAAGUGAAAGUGACUCAAAGUGCAGCCAUCCCGCGGUCCUCUCAGUCCCUCCCCCACACUAGGGUCACCACCAGUCAUGCUGGACUAGGCUCUAAAGGGUUAGUGAGUAACAGCACGACUGUUCCUGUGCUGCGAAUCAGCCAGUCCCUCCAGCCCAAGAGCAGCUCAGGGAGGAGCAAUGCUGGGACUGGGACUAGUGGGAGAGUACACCUGCAGACUAACAGCAACAACUGCAUGGAGACCGUCAGUCCAGAUUUAUGGGCUGGUGAGGAGGAGGCUAUGGAGGUUGAGGAGCGCUGGGGUGAUGAUGAUGAUGUCAUCGAUAUGGACGUAGACAUGUCGGAAGAGGAACAGAUGGCUCUUAUCAGUGAGAUCCACACGACCAGGAACGACCUCCCCCUGGCUACCUCAGUGGGGAGUGUCACACAGAAGGCUCCCUUCUCUCUCACCAACACUAAGCUGUACCUUGUACUGGACACCAACAUUCUCAUCUCUCACCUCGGCUUCCUACGUGAGCUCAAGGACUAUGCCAUCAAGAACGUGGGUCGCCCAGUCCUAGUGGUUCCCUGGGUAGUGAUGCAAGAGCUCGAUGCUCUCAAGACACGUAGUAGCUCACGACUAGCUGGCAAAGCAAGGGACGCGAUACGCUUCUUGAAUGACAGCUUCUCCGCCGAACAUCCCAGGAUCAGAGGUCAAACUAUGGAGGAGGUCCAUACUGAGCUCAAUAACAUUGCUAUUAGCAACAAUGAUGAUCGUAUUCUACACUGCUGCCUCUUGUACCAGGAGAAGGUCAAAGUUCACGGAGGGGUGGUGGUCCUAUUUAGUAACGACGUUCAACUGUGUAGUAAGGCAAUGGUGAAUCAAGUCAAGGCUCUCAAUAGGAAGACACUACUAAAUGACCUUCGAACUCUCUUCAAGGGCGGCGACCUAGCACCUGUUGUGUCGUCUCAGGGACAGUCCCAUGGUGGACACGCCCACUACAACCCACCACCUGCUCUAAUUGGAGCACACCAAGUGUCUGCCACUCCUCCUCCGGCAGCAGUUCCCGUCACCAGAGCAGAGGUGGAGGACCUACUGUGUGAGGCAGAGCGUGUGAUGGGGACUGCACUGUCAGCUGCCAUCCGGGAGGAGUUCGUUAAAGCGUACGGGGCAGAUCUGUGGCAGGACAUUCUUAGAAUCAAGCCUCCAUGGAAACUCCAAGACACCGUCACGCUGAUUGACAAGCAUUGGAUAGCAGUGUUCCGAGACCCGCUGCCACCUGGUAUCCAGUUCUCGUGUGUGGCAGGUCUAUUGCAGCACGUGAAGAGCAGGGACCGGAUGGUGCCAACCGUCGGAGUGCUGGAUGACUUCACCUCCAAGGCCACAGCGCUACUCAGAGCCUUCGCCAAUGUAUCGGGGUAUGAUGGUGUACUGCCUCAGUCCAUAGCUCAGCUGGCAUCCGUAUCUGAGAGGAUAUCGCUACUCAAAGCACGGGGGCUGGCGACCACACAGAGACGUCAUGUGACUAGUCAUGUGACAACUCCCAACAGACUAGGGUUGUUUCAACGUACUUCCUCUGGAGGCAGUUUGAGUACCACGCCCACUUCUCCUACUAGCCCGCUAGGUCAGCCCCUCCCACUCAUCACUAAGCUAUUGCGGCCGUCGUGUGAUGAUCUCCUGCGUCUGGUUGGUGCUCAACCGCCCACUCCCCUGGAGCAACUGGAAUGGGUCAUCGGGAUCAUUAAGGCCAUUUCCGAACAGUGCUGCAGUGGUCGGAUCUUCUACGCCAUCAACAACAAUCCUCAGUCACUGUCUGACAAACAAGAAGCGAGCAUAUUCCUGUCUCAACUGCUCGUCAUUCUCAAGAGCACCACCACCGCCAUUAACAACCUCCUCGUCUGCCAGACAACCACUCGCGAAGACAUCACUCAAAUGCUCAUCUCAUUUGAUACCUUCCUCAACACAACAAUGGGCAUACACAGUCCCCUAACCUUGCAAGGCUUCACACACUGCGUACAAAUGGACGGUAGCAAAGUGCAACAGAUGCUCAUCCAAGCACUGGGUGGUUUCAGUGCCAGGGUCGGAGCACUCGAGCAGUUACCACGGGAAUUAGGACUAUAGCGCAGUGCUGUCACUUAAUUGUAUACUUGUUAGGGUUAUUAUUUUGUAGGUUAGUGUUUUGUAAGCAUCCCCUCACAUUCUAUGAUUUCCUGUCAAUAUUUAUCUCAUCGUUUGCUCAUUCAUUUUGUCGAUCAUCUCAUUAUUAUCUGUUUUUUGUUAUUAUUACUCCCUAUUAAAUCAUUCAUUUGUACACUGUAUAAUUAUACAUGUUGUUCAUUCAUGAUUAUCAUUAUAUAUAUCGGAGUUAGAUCAAUUGUCGUUAGGAAUG